AUGUUAGCGGUGGGGGCGAUGGAGGGCACCCGGCAGAGCGCGUUCCUGCUCAGCAGCCCUCCCCUGGCUGCCCUGCACAGCAUGGCCGAAAUGAAGACCCCUCUGUACCCCGCGGCGUACCCCCCAUUGCCCGCCGGCCCCCCCUCUUCUUCCUCCUCCUCGUCCUCCUCGUCGUCGCCCUCUCCGCCUUUGGGUGCCCACAACCCAGGCAGCCUGAAGCCCCCGACCGCGGGGGGGCUCUCAUCCCUGGGCAGCCCCCCACAGCAGCUCUCGGCCGCCACCCCCCACGGCAUCAACGACAUCCUGAGCCGGCCCUCCAUGCCCGUGGCCUCAGGGGCCGCCCUGCCCUCCGCCUCGCCCUCGGGUUCCUCCUCCUCCUCCUCCUCCUCGUCCACCUCCGCUUCCUCCGCUUCGGCAGCUGCAGCGGCGGCUGCAGCCGCUGCAGCCGCCGCCUCAUCCCCAGCGGGGCUGCUGGCUGGCCUGCCCCGCUUCAGCAGCCUGAGUCCGCCGCCGCCGCCGCCUGGGCUCUACUUCAGCCCCAGCGCAGCGGCCGUGGCCGCGGUAGGUCGGUACCCCAAGCCGCUGGCCGAGCUGCCCGGCCGGACGCCCAUUUUCUGGCCAGGAGUUAUGCAGAGCCCACCCUGGAGGGACGCCCGCCUGGCCUGCACCCCUCAUCAAGGAUCCAUUUUGCUGGACAAAGACGGGAAGAGAAAACACACGAGACCCACGUUUUCUGGCCAGCAGAUCUUCGCUCUGGAGAAGACUUUCGAACAAACGAAAUACUUGGCGGGGCCCGAGAGGGCUCGCUUGGCCUAUUCGCUGGGGAUGACGGAGAGUCAGGUCAAGGUCUGGUUCCAGAACCGCCGGACCAAGUGGAGGAAGAAGCACGCGGCCGAGAUGGCCACGGCCAAGAAGAAGCAGGAUUCGGAGACCGAGAGGCUCAAGGGCACCUCGGAGAACGAGGAGGAGGACGACGACUACAACAAGCCUCUGGACCCCAACUCGGACGACGAGAAGAUCACGCAGCUGCUGAAGAAGCACAAGUCGAGCGGCGGCGGCGGCGGCGGCCUCCUGCUGCACGCGUCGGAGAACGAGAGCUCGUCCUGA